AUGGCGAGGGCCGCCGAGCUCGCCGCCUGCCUGGAGGCCGUGCUGGGCAGCCGCGGCAAUGCCAACCGCGUCUUCCAGAUCCUGGAGCUGCUGGCGGGCCAGGAGGAGGAGGAGGAUGUCCUGUGUGCCACCAGGACCUGCAGCCGGCUCUUCGGGGCGCUGCUGGAACGCAGGGAGCUGUUCGUGGGCCCCCUGCCCGCCGAGGAGGCCUCUCUCGCCGGGCCCUGCAGCGCGGAGCACAAGUACAAGGUGUGGAUGAGGCACCGCUACAAGGACUGCCUGGGCUGCCUGGCGGAGCUGAUGGGCCACGAUGCCUUCCGGGUCAAGGAAUUGUCUCUGUGCACCCUCAUGAAGUUCGUUGAGUUGGAGGCACAAUAUCCAUUGAUCAAAAUAGAGUGGAAGGGGACUUUGACUUUUCCUCGUGAACUUGUUAAGGUGGUUGUUGAUGGCUUACUGCCCUUGCACGAGGACGCUUCGCUCCUGAUCUCUCGCUUUCAAGAGUAUAUGGAGUAUGAUGAUGUUAGGUACUUUGUCAUAAAGGCCGUCACUGAGAGUAUUGGGCAAGUCAUGCAGAAGACAAAAGAGAGGCCACUGCCAUUUUACCAGCAGAAUGUAUUUUCCCUUAUUUCUCCCAUUAACAUGCCAAACAAAGAGAGUGACAUGGUCAAAUUUAUGAUGAAGCAAGAUAACUGGGAGGAAUUGAAAGUGUCAAAGCUGCAGGCACACAAGCAGGCAUUUGAAAAAAUGUGGCUCAGUUUUUUGAAGCACAAGCUACCCACUGCCCUUUACAAAAAAGUUCUUGUCAUUCUGCAUGACUCCAUCCUGCCUUACAUGAAUGAACCCACUCUCAUGAUAGACUUCUUGACAGUGGCCUAUGGCAUAGGUGGAGCAAUCAGUCUUCUAGCCUUAAAUGGAUUAUUUAUUCUGAUUCAUCAGCAUAAUCUGGAAUAUCCUGACUUUUACAAAAAGCUCUACAGUCUUCUAGACCCCUCUGUCUAUCAUGUGAAGUACCGAGCUCGCUUCUUCCAUCUGGUCGAUCUGUUUUUGUCUUCAUCCCACUUGCCAGCGUACCUGGUGGCAGCGUUCAUAAAGCGCCUCUCCCGACUGGCCCUGACUGCUCCUCCCGAGGCUCUGCUGAUGGUCAUCCCCUUCCUCUGUAACCUCUUCAGGAGGCACCCUGCCUGCAGGGUGCUGGUACACAGGCCUGAUGGGCCAGAAGGUAUGUCAGAAGAUCCAUAUAUUAUGGAGGAAGAGGAGCCAUCUAAAAGCAGAGCUUUGGAGAGCUCUCUCUGGGAGAUUCAGUCUCUCCAAAACCAUUAUCACCCAGAUGUGGCCAAGGCAGCUGCUGUCCUGAACCAGUCACUGUCUGAAAUAGAGGAUGACAUCUCUGGGCUCCUGGAGCUCUCAGCUUACGAGCUUUUUGAUAAAGAAGUAAAGAAAAAAGCUGCUGAUGUGCCUCUGGAGUUUGAGCAAAUACGAGGUUUGUUUGGGAAGAAGAAUGAUAUUUUUGCAGAGCACUUCACUUUAGAUUGAUACCAUCUCUUAUAAACACAUCUGCACAACUGACUGACCUUGGGGACCUGCACAAAGCUCACCUGUUGUGCUGGGUAACUCUGCCUGUGAAGCAUCUUCAUGUGAGAGCUGGAGCGCUUGAGAGAGGUGCAGCCUUCUUCAGAGACCUUUGCCACUACCCACCAUGGACUUCCCUUUGUUGCUCUUUGUUUCUCAUGAUUCCACACUGCCACCUGAUACUUGGGAGGGAUUUUCCAUCAGAGCCAAGUUUUCUGGGCCUGUUCAUUGCUGGAGUUACAGCCCUUUUUUCCAAAGCUGCUGGUGCUGGUUGUGAUCAGUGACUGCAUUGACAGACCAUCUUGCUGCCGUUCAGUGGGACUGAGGGGAAGUGCAGGCUCUGACCACUGCUCUUAUUUUUCCAACGUGUUUUUUAUACUAGAGCUGACAGCCUGUUUGUAGCAAUUGACUUCAAUACAAAGCUGUGCACACUUGGUAUUCUAAUGAUACUUUUUAUAUACACUUUUAAACUCAUGUCUUCAGAGGGAUGUUUAGCUUCUAAAUACUCAGCACUUCCAUGUUUGAGACACUGAAAGUUCAGGUUUGUCAAAAACAACUGAUAGGAGAUGCUCAGUAAUUCUGUAUGAAGUGUUGCUGGUGUUUCUUCAUGUACAUCUAUCUAAUGUUAUAAGGUUGCUUAAUUCACAAUUAAUACACAGUUCUCAUGAGCUUUGGAAACGAGCAUAAUCCUGGUGACUGCUGUCGCCAGGGAAGCCAGCUGAUAUGCAGUGGGAGUUAUGUCUAAUCCUUGAUUUUUGCUUCAGAAUGAUAAGCAGCUUAAUGUAGCUCUACUUGCAGCCUGCAAGCGUUGUAGGAGUUGUGGCCAGUGUGUAUCCAGGUGUUAAUCAACUUUGAACUAGCCCAUGGGUACCAGGUGGCUUUGUUAAUUUGGAUUUUUCAUAUAGUUCAGAAGUCAUGCAGAAAUUCCUUCUGAUGUAGUUGUUGGGGUUUUUUCCCCAGUGUUUUAAGUUUGAGCUAAACUUCUUAUUAAGAAUGCAGAUAAACUCAGGACUUUUUUUUCCCUAAUAAUUUUCAACAACUUAAUGUUCUCCCGUUAGACAGUAACUCUGCCUGCAUAUUUUGAAAUCAUAGUUUGUGAGGAGAAAGAACAGCCAAGAAACUGGAGACCAAGAAAUUUCUGGCAGAUAAGGAAAACUGCAGCUGUCCUGGAGACACUAAGUGUUACAUUUUCUUCCUCCAGCUGUCUUUGUGCUUCCCAAACAAUGGACCUGGCCUCAGAGUUGAGAGCUCUACCUCUUUACUCUGAUACUUUUUAGUUCAGUUCAGGUUUUUUUCAGCAUUUGUUUUUUUGUUGUUCUGUUUUGGGGUUGCUUUUGUUUUUUUUUUAAAAGUAGUCUCAAUCUUUGUUGUUCUCAUGUGGAAAAGCAAUCCUGGCUCCUCCCUGGCCAACCUGCUUUUCUUUUUUCUUUCACCUCUGCUGUCUGUGGUAGGAAGGCAGAAUGACGGAGAUAACUUCUAGUUUGAGCCACCUCAGUUCAGGUUCACCCACACCUUGUAUUUCAGCUCUAGAAUGUAUCUCCCUAUAUCAUAUGUAUGCUGUAUGUAUGUGCAUAUUAAAACAUUUUGAAGUGCUCUGAUGCUUAUGAGGAUGAAAUAACUACCUUUGAAAGCAGUAUAUGUUUAUCAUCUUUCAGAUUAAAUUAAUGAGUUUAUAUUUUGAA